GUUCAUUACUUUGUGGCUGUGGUAACUAGUGACGACCGUUAUCCCUCUCCGCUCUUCCUCUGGUCCAAUGAAUUUCAGCGUUCUACACCGAGACUCAUAAGAUGGCGACCGCGGAACCGGAAAUAAAUAUAAAUCCACCCCAACAUGCUGAAGAAGGAGCAGAAGCAGAGACUGGUCAGGAGAUCGUGAGCCCUGAGAGCUACAUCAAACACCCCCUACAGAACAAAUGGUCUCUCUGGUUCUUCAAAAAUGAUAAGACCAAAACAUGGCAGGCAAACCUCCGCCUCAUCUCGAAGUUUGACACGGUUGAAGAUUUCUGGGCUCUGUAUAAUCAUAUUCAGUUGUCAAGCAAUCUGAUAUCUGGAUGCGACUACUCCCUCUUUAAGGAUGGCAUUGAGCCCAUGUGGGAGGAUGAGCGAAACAAGCAAGGAGGGCGUUGGCUGAUCACGCUCAACAAGCAGCAGAGGAGACAAGACCUGGACCGCUUCUGGCUAGAAACACUUCUCUGCCUCGUUGGGGAGGCUUUCGAUGACUAUAGUGACGAAGUGUGUGGCGCAGUAGUCAAUAUACGCACUAAAGGAGACAAAAUCGCCAUUUGGACCGCAGACUUCGACAACAGGGAAGCUGUAACACACAUAGGGAGAGUCUAUAAGGAGCGCUUGGGAAUCCCCAUGAAGAUGACCAUUGGCUACCAGUCCCACUCUGACACUGCCACAAAGAGCGGCUCCACCACCAAAAACAAGUUUGUUGUCUGAAAAUGAACCAUGUGCCUUGUUUUGUUUGGUCUACUUUUCAUUGUGGGUAGGUUAUAUUUACUUAAUAUAGCAAUGGCUGCGUGACGGAAUCUGGGAAAAAUUCAUGACUAUAUACCAAAGCUUCGACAGAAACAGCCCUAGACCUGUGAACACAGGAAAAACUUUAUUAACAGGACACACUACUUUCUCUGGAACCCCCCCCCACGCACACACACACACACCUGCCAAUGCUAUUAAUUCACAUGUCAUAGCCAUGCAGGUGAACAUGCCAACCUCAAAAUACAAAUGAAGACUGUUCAUAGUAGGAAAUGUAAGAUGUUCUGAGUGUUCUUAUAAAGAAAAUUAUUUUUUUGAUUUAUUUAAUGGCAGGGAAUUCAUUUGAAAUGCAAAAAUAAAACUUUUCUCAGUGCCCUUGUAUACAGCAUUGGAAUUGCUGUAAUCCUUAAUGAUGUUACACUUUUUUAAUUUAUUAUACCAAUUUGCUUUUUAGCAUUUUUUUUUUAAACUUGUUCUGUGCUAUGGCCUUAAAGGUGAUUUUGUUUUUUAAUUUUUAUUUUUUUAAUGCUAAAUGACAUGUUAUAGAAUAUCCUUUUUUGUGAUUUCACUUGUUUUUGAGAAACUUACCCUAACCAGCAAAUCACUUCUUCAUCCUUGUGUAGUUUAUGGGCCCUUCUAUAACAUGCCAUUUACAUCAAAAAUAGGGAUUUGGUUGUAAAAAAAAAAAACCUCUCCUUUGAACCUCAAGCGCAUGUAAUCAAGCCUUUUUGAUAAUUUCAUGACUCAAUUAGUCUUUGUUAACUACAUGAUUAAAACUUUGGUUUUGCAAUUCGGUAGAAGCUGUUUUUAUAUUAUGGAAUACUUUUUGCAACUUGUAAUUUGUACAUUCCUUGUUGGAAAUGGUUUGAUAUUUGACUUAGUGAUUGGUUUUGAGCUUCUGCCUGCAAUGGAAACACAGCACGAAUUAGUCUUUAAAUAAUGUUUUCCUGUGACAUCAGAUCAUUUUAAAUUAUAUAAUAUGGGCCUAAUAAUAUACCAUUUCAACCCCAGAAAACAAUCUAACUUUCUAUGCCACUUGUAUUGCCAUAGCUAGUUGGUCUGCCCCUGUCACCCCUAGAUACUUAAUGUAGAGCUGAAUAAUGUAUAAAGCAAUAUUAUAGUAGCUACACCUGCAGUAUCACCUGUUGUGUCAUGGGUUGUAGGCUUUCAUGAAAUACCAAUGUCAUGACACCAAAUUAGAGCGCUCAAAUACUUACCAUUUCACGGCUCAUGAAAGUAUGAGUUGCCAUUAUGCCAGGCAUGUUUCAUUCUUUUGGCCAAACACAAGUGCCUCCAGUUACUUUCAUAACUGCUGUUCAACAUUCAUACAUUAUGAAAUGCAUUUGGGUAUUUUAUUCCCAAUUCGUAAAUAAACUGAGCUUUGCACUUCA